UUAAUUGGACGCUCACUGCUAAAGUGGCUUCAAGGCUCAUCAAGUGUAACCCCUAUAUAGAAAUUAACUCAAACAAGGAAACCAAAAGAAGGCGACCAUGAAGCUUUCAAAAUCAACCAUUCUAUUACUAAUUCUUGUUCUUCCGCAGUCAGCUUCAUGCAGGACAGCUUCAGUUUCAGUCCUCGACAAAUUUAUCCGAUGUGUCACUCUUCAUUCUGAUAGUUCAAUUCAAAUCUCCUCAGCAAUUUUCACCCCGAACACUUCUUCAUUCACUUCUGUUCUGCAAUCUUCAGGACAAAACCUCAGGUACUUAGUUCCUUCAGUGCCAAAGCCAGAGUUUAUAUUCCAACCCCUUCGUGACUCCCAUGUCCAAGCCUCUGUCAUUUGUUCAAAACGGCUUGGAUUACAUCUUAGAGUGCGAAGUGGAGGCCAUGACUACGAGGGCCUUUCUUAUGUAUCCGAAAUCGAAACACCUUUCAUCGUCGUCGACCUCGCCAAACUCCGGUCCAUCAACGUCGAUAUUGAAGAAAACAGUGCAUGGAUUCAAGCCGGUGCCACCAUCGGUGAAGUUUAUUAUAGAAUUUCUGAGAAAAGCAAAAUCCAUGGCUUCCCUGCUGGGCUUUGCACCAGUUUAGGAAUUGGUGGGCAUAUAACUGGAGGUGCUUAUGGCUCAAUGAUGAGAAAAUAUGGCCUCGGUGCUGAUAACGUCGCCGAUGCUCGAAUUGUCGAUGCAACCGGGAGAAUUCUUGACCGAAAAGCCAUGGGAGAAGAUCUUUUUUGGGCAAUCAGAGGAGGUGGAGGAGCAAGCUUUGGGAUCAUUCUAUGGUGGAAGAUAAAUCUAGUGCCUGUUCCGGAAACUGUCACAGUUUUUACAGUGACAAAGACAUUGGAACAGGGAGCUACAAAGCUCCUCCAUAUAUGGCAACAGGUUGUAGCUAACCUUGAUGAAGACCUAUUCAUCAGGGUAAUCAUUCAACCAACCAAUAUUGGAAAUUCCACUGAGAAAACAGUAUCAACUUCUUACAAUGCCCUGUUUCUUGGAGAUGCAGAUGAGCUGCUUGAUGUUAUGCAACAGAGCUUUCCCGAAUUGGGUUUGACAAGAAACGAUUGCAUCGAAACAAGUUGGAUUGGUUCUGUACUUUACAUAGCAGGCAACCCAAAUGGGACUCAUCCUGAAGUUUUGCUCCAGGGGACAUCUACGCUCAAGUUCUUUUUCAAAGCCAAAUCAGAUUUUGUUAAAGUGCCUAUAUCAGAAACUGCUCUCGAAGGGCUGUGGAAAAGGUUUUUGGAAGACGACGGGGCCCUGAGUAUUUGGACUCCAUAUGGGGGUAUGAUGAACAGGAUUCCAGAGAGAGAAAUUCCAUUUCCUCACAGAGAAGGAACAAUCUUCAUGAUCCAGUACCUAACUGGUUGGACUGAUGGUGAAAAUAACACAGCAAAACACAUGGAGUGGAUUAGGAAGGUUUACAACUACAUGGGCCCGUACGUUUCAAAGUUUCCAAGAGAAGCGUAUGUGAAUUAUAGAGAUCUUGAUCUGGGGAUGAACAAGAAGAACAUGAGUUUUAUAGAGGCAAGGUUUUGGGGAAUUAAGUAUUUCAAGAACAACUUUUAUAGAUUGGUGAAGGUGAAGAGCAGAGUUGAUCCGGAUAACUUCUUCAGGCAUGAACAAAGCAUCCCAAACCUUCCAAUCAAUUAUAGGGUGAAAGGCUAGGCCGCCACAGGCCAGGUUACGAACAUGAAAGGCUGUGAAUGACAUAUAAUGCAUUGUUUCUGUUAAUUGGUUUGACAAGCAUCAAAUGUAUAAGAUAAUAUUUCACUGGAAUGGUCAAAAGAAGAUGAUACUACUAGUUUUCUUUUUCUAUUUUUAAAUAGUGGAGUGUAAAAGUAGACUUUGAACUUUUGGAAAAGAAGAUAAUCCUUUUGCCACUGAACUGCCUCCAGAGUGGAAGGAAGAAAGAUGCGUGCUACACUAUCUCCACUCUCUUCCCACGUGUAAUGUCACAGGUUCAAUUCACGUGUAAUUAUUGUUCAGUAUAAAUAUCCUUUCAUGCGGGCUUAAAUUAUGCACUUUCCUCACAAACUGAUGUAAUAAAUUUUUUGAGGCUUUUGUUUGAUAAAA